AUGUCAACAACAAGCCGUCGUCGUAACGGCUCUCAAGCUUCAUGUGAGCGUUGUCGUAAGGCAAAGAUCCGGUGUGAUCAUCAAAAGCCCGUCUGUGCUCCCUGUCGGCGUCGAGGACUCGAAUCACAAUGCUGGUAUCAUCCCGCACCGCUGACCAAACGCCGAGGUCAACAAAAAUCAACUCCGCCAAGGCCAACAUCCACUCAGUUAAACAAUAUUGAACAGAAUGAGAUUACGAGCAACGUAAGCCCUCAUCGUAAUAUCAUCGAGAAUGAAUCACUCGAGGAAACCCCAAAAUUUCAGACGUGGCCUUUCAUCUUGAAUGACACCAGCAAUACAGCAUCGCGGACUCUUCUAUAUGAAUCGCUUGACAAGAAAACUUACGAGGAAUACUUAACUUUUACGGAAGAAAUCAUCUUACAGCUAAAAUUUCUCCCAUUAGUCGAGAGACUAUUCCAAGAAUACCUCCCAUUUAGACAGGUUUCCCUCGUGCCGAGGCCAAUUAUUUUACAGCUCGUAGCAUCGAUUCGGUCCAGCCCUAUCACUAAAGGCUACGUCGGGGAAGAUGUGACGCGAUGCAGCGACGGCCUUUCGCGUCUUGCUGAGGCUGUACUAUGCGCUGCUUCGUCCGAAAUUUCCGUGAAACCGGAUUUGGAUCUUGAACAAUUCUGUGAACUGUUCAGCGGAGAGAACCUAUGCUUAGAAACGCUUGGCCUCCUAUACACGACUGCCGCUCGCUGUUAUCUCUGCGGCAUCGGUCGCGACGAAAAGGAGCACGCCGAGUUCAUCCGCGAGAUGAUCCGGUGUAGCAACUUGAGCCUACGGAUUGCUCGUGAGCUUUCUACGCAAACAAAUGAUAUCAUUAAUUGGUUAGCCUAUGAGAAUUUACAGCUUAUGAUGCUCAUUGAAGGGGAUGCAAGCUUGAGCGUUUGGCGUAGAUUUGGCGACCUUGUUACGGACGUCUUCGCCUUAGGUCUACAUCGCGAGGCGGUUUACUCAGUUAAAGCGGUACCAUUCUUCCUUUCCGAAUGUCGGCGGGGGAUCUUCGUAACUGCAUAUUAUAUUGACAAGGUCUUCGCGAUGGUCUUCAAUCGACCGCCCCGGAUACCCAUUCGGCAUGCAGACUGCAAGUUGCCGCUAGAUCUAUCUGAGGAUGAACUUUUUGCGACUUCGCCAGAGGUAUUAGAACGAGCAAGGGGUAGGUUAUCACCGGCUGGCUGGAGUACUGAUGGAAACUAUAAGACUAGAACAUGGGCUCGCAUACGUUAUAUCCUAGCUGGUUUUAGGGAAGAAAUGGUUGAAUACCAGUUUCGAUCGGUACAGUCCGUCGACGAAAUCUAUCUAAGGGGGAUCUUGAAUCGAUGUAACAAUGCCUGGAGCUCUCUUCCUAAGCAUCUUAUAUACAAUAGAGACUGCUGGAGGUCGAAUCUGCCGUCCGCUGUUUGUCUUAUGCUGGGGAAGGUAUACCUAGCAUAUCUUCACACCAUUUUCCAACUUCAUCGCCUCCUUCAACAAGGCAGCACAUCACACAAGCCGGAGUUGAUAGAAGUCUCGAAGAAUAUGCUCGAAACGGUAGUUCAAAUGACAAACGCUCAGAGCAGGUUCUUCCGCUACCCUCACAGCAUCCCUACGGUCAUCCUUUUUUAUGGUGUACCCAGUGCCGCCAUCUUAACCUCUGUACUGCUAGACGUUACCCGAAAUCCAUCAAGGGCUCUACCGCCCAGCAUAAGCGGCUCUGUCUUAAUACGAAAUCUUUCCGUGCUAGCAUCUCAUCUCGAAAGCGCGACCAGCCCUGGAGAAACAAACCACGAAUUCUGCAUGCAAGCUGCCAAUCUUAUUUCGCGUAAUUUGGAUCAGAUCUUAGGUGGUUUCAUUAUCUCAACCGUCACGACACCGCUAGAUCCCGCAGAAGAACUAGAUAAUGUUUCUGAUGUAUGGGCUCCUGGGACGAGCGAUCUCGAUGCUAUCAGCUUCGGUGGUUUUGAUAGUCUUGAUUUUGAGACUUGGGCGAUGGACAUUAAUUUAAAUGCAAUCAGUUCCGAAUGGAACAUUCAAUAG